CUCAUUAACUCUCGAUCACUCCAACACUCCAACCCUCUCAUCUCUCUCGAAUCCGCGGCGGCGCUGCUCCGUCCACCUUCUCUGACGGGACUCCGGCCAGCCACAAGCAAGCCACAGAGACAAGCACACGCACCCUGCUAGGCCUCUUCUUCGUCUUUCGAGUCCCAAAAUCCAGGUUCUCUUUCGAGUUUCGGUUCCAUAAAUUGCGUUCUAGAAUGGCUAAAAGCAAGGCGGCGAUUGGGCUCUCGUGGGAGCCAAAGUUGCCGGCUUUUUCAUCGGCCUCCAAAAAUCGAGGUUGGUCUGGCUCCAAACCUCGCCCCGAAGCUAAUCCGCUUUGGAAACCCAGCACGCAGCUUGUCGAUGGCCUCUUCGUUCCGCCAAAUGACCCGGUAAAGCGGAACAAAUUGGCCAAGAAGCAGAUCAAAGACACUGCUGGAUCAAGCUGGUUUGACAUGCCUGCACCAACCAUGACCCCGGAAUUGCAGAAAGAUCUCCAAUUACUCAAGUUAAGGAAUGUUAUGGAUCCAAAGAGACAUUACAAAAAGGGGGAUGCACAACCGAACAAGUAUUUCCAGGUAGGGACAGUGAUAGAGUCCCCAUUAGAUUUCUUCUCGAGCAGACUUACAAAGAAGGAAAGGAAGGUGUCCCUUGCAGAGGAAGUGCUUUCUGAUCGUAACCUUGGCAACUACAGAAAGCGGAAGGUUCGCGAGAUAGAAGAGAAAAACCGGCCGGGUGGAAAUGAAAAAUGGAAGAUAAAGGGAAAAGGGUCGUAUCAGCGUGCAAAGCAAAGAAGGCACUGAUACAUCUCACCUUGACCAAAUUUUUGAGACUCUGGAGAGUUUUUUAUUUCACACAAUCAAAGAAAGAUUUUGAUCAUGUGUACUUUACUUAGUGAGAGUUUCUUGAAAGCUUCUGUUACUGCUUGCCUCUGCUAGGUGGUGGCCUGUAGCCUCUGAAUCUGAUUUCCGUGCUUGUGGGCAGCGAAAUUUGACACACCGUUUUCAGCUUUA